AUGGCAACCCCAGCAGCCCAGCCCGACGCCGUACCGGUACCUCCUCCGGCUCCUACCAAUGCGUACGCCGCCGCUGCCGCAGACCCGAGUCUGCCCAAGAUCUAUCCGAAGCCAGUGACCGUCCUAGUGAUCGGCAUGGCCGGAAGUGGCAAAACGACGCUCAUGCAGCGACUGGCCGCCUACGGUGUGGACUCGGGACUGCGCAACUACAUUAUCAAUUUGGAUCCUGCGGUGCGAAAGACUGGCUACACCGCCAAUGUGGACAUCCGGGACACGGUGGACUAUAAGCAGGUUAUGACAGAGUACGGCCUAGGCCCCAACGGCGCCAUUAUGACGUCACUCAACCUCUUUGCGACGCGCUUCGACCAAGUCAUCGACCUGCUCGGCAAGCGCAGCAGCGAUCUCGACUACGCCAUUGUGGAUACACCCGGACAGAUCGAAGCGUUCACGUGGUCGGCAUCGGGUCAGAUUAUCACCGAGUCUCUGGCCUCCACGUUCCCGUCUGUAAUCGUGUACGUGGUGGACACGCCGCGCACAGCCAGCCCCAACACGUUCAUGUCCAACAUGCUGUACGCGUGCAGUAUCCUGUACAAGUUGAAGCUGCCGUUCGUGGUGGUGUUUAACAAGAUCGACGUCAUGCGCCAUGACUUCGCCACCGAGUGGAUGACGGACUUCGAGGCCUUCCAGACGGCGCUAGACGAGGUUCAGGACGAUAGUUACAUGGGCAGCCUCUCACGCUCUUUGAGUCUUGUACUCGAGGAGUUCUACAACAAUCUCACUUCCGUCGGCGUGUCGGCCGCCACUGGUGAGGGUAUGCCCGAGCUCUUCGCCGCUGUCGACGAAGCUGCCAAGCAGUACGAGAACGAGUACCUCCCAGACCUUUUGGAGCGCAUCAAACAACAACAAAAGAAGAAACACGAGCAGGAAGAGGCCACACUCUCCAACGUCAUGCAGGACAUGGAGAUCUCGGCCCACCGCGACGAAAACUUGCCUGCUGGCGAUGCACCGAUGCCCAACGGCGAACGUACUGAUCUGUAA